CUUCUCCCAACUCCUAUCUUCCGAUCGUUUUUGAUCCCGAACCCUUCUCCCAACUCCUCAUCUCACGCGGCCUUCUCCAUCCAACUCCUCUCCGGCGAACCACUCCUCCGAACUCCUCUCCGUCAAGACCACACCUUCGUCAAGCGGCAGAUCCCGGUGCUGAGGCGAUCAACCACGACAGAUCGACCCCCUCUCUUCAUCUCCUUCGCCCCCGACGAAGGUAUGUUGCUACCGCUGUUUUUCUUGGGGCCUAAAAUCGAAGUCUCGUUAGGGGAAUUCGGAUCCUUCGGCAGCCUCUCUUCCCUCCGGCGAACGUUCACUGCGCUUAGGGUAGAGCAGGCGCAUCAACUCUCUUCUUCAUCUGCAUCGCCAAGCUACCCUUUGCUUAGCCAAUUCCCUUGCUAUUGGGUUCACCUGCAAGUAAUCCUCGCGCGCUGAUCUCUUCUCGCUAUCAGAAGGUCCUUUCUUAGGUUCUUCUCCACUGAUUAUCUUCUCUUGUCGUUCUUUGUUUACUCGGUAAUGUUGAACUUGAGCUCUUGGGGAUCUUAGUUAAUGGUUGCCUGUGGGUGGGAAAGUUGCUCUUUUUUUGUCUUCUUGUUGUAGUGUUUUAGGGCUUUGUUUCUGAGGUGAUGGUUCUUGGUGUUAGGGAUUCUUGGUGAUCUAUUUUCUCCCUUGUGAUCGGCAGUUUUGAUGGAUAUACAUUGUUUCUUUAAUUCUUUCAGGUGUUAGUUAAACUUCGAAUUGUAGAGCAAGUUUUCCUUUUAAUUCUGUCUAUUGUUGGUUCAGGAUAGAUUCUAAACAUGAGCCGUGUCUUUCUAGAGAAGAAUGUAAGUGAUCAAUAUAAUUGUUCGGAUAGAUGGGUGAAAUUAUUUCAUCUGCUGUAUGAUUUUAGAUGAGAAUGAUGGUGGAUUUAAGAUCAGUAACCCUCUUCUUUUGGUCAGAGAAUCUCCUGGAAUUUGAUUUCUAGGGUUUCUUUAGAUUGUAAAAUGUUACUUCUGUUUACAGACUGCGAUUGAAUUGUGAUGCCUUAUCUGAGAAAGGUCAAGGUGAGCGUCAUAAAGAAAACGUGUAAAUGUUAACCACAGAGUAAACACCUUGACUCUCCCAACCACACGCGAUCUGCUUGUCAAGUAUGCACUGAGGAUGGCAAUCACUUCCUACUCUAGGAAGAAUAUGAAACAUAGAAAAGGGGGAAAAACUUUGUCCCAAGAAACAAAGGUAGCAGUGAUCAAAGGUGUAGAACUUGGGCCACCUUAUACAACUGGAGAAAAUCUUAUUACAAAUGCAAGUAACUCCAAAUUCUUUUGAGGAAAAAUGGUCCUGUUAGAUAAGCUGUUGCCUAAACUGAAGGAACGAGAUUCCAGAGUUCUAAUAUUUUCACAGAUGACUAGACUUCUGGACAUACUGGAAGAUUACUUGCUAUAUCGUGGUUACCAAUAUUGCCGGAUUGAUGGGAAUACUGGGGGAGAAGAACGGGAUGCUUCCAUUGAAACAUUUAAUCAACCUGGAAGCCAAAAGUUCAUUUUCUUACUUUCUACAAGAGCUGGUGGAUUGGGAAUUAAUCUUGCUACAGCAGAUGUUGUCAUUCUCUAUGAUAGUGACUGGAAUCCACAAGUUGAUUUGCAAGCACAGGAUCGUGCUCAUAGAAUUGGGCAAAAGAAAGAAGUUCAAGUGUUCCGUUUCUGUACUGAGUUUGCAAUUGAGGAGAAAGUGAUAGAGAGAGCAUAUAAGAAGCUUGCACUUGAUGCCUUGGUUAUUCAACAAGGAUGAUUAGCAGAAUAGAAAACUGUUAAUAAAGAUGAACUUCUACAAAUGGUUAGAUUUGGUGCUGAAAUGGUUUUUAGCUCCAAGGACAGUACAAUAACUGAUGAGAAAAUCAAUCGUAUCAUAGCUAAAGGAGAAGAAGCGACUGCUGAACUUGAUGUGAAAAUGAAAAAGUUUACAGAGGAUGCGAUAAAGUUUAAGAUGGAUGAUAGUAUGCUGACUCCUUUCUGAUAGCAAUUCCUAGAUAUUUCCUUGGAUGACUUAUGUAAUUUCUGUUUUUUGUUACAGCUGCUGACUUGUUACGCGAUCUGAAUUCUAUUAUUUUGGUAUGAGUUUGAAAUCA